AUGGUUACUACCCGGAGAACGAAUGCCAGAGUCACCACAGCCUCUCACCGGCGGCCACCGUCGGAGCCUGAAUCUCCGGCGAAGAAGUUCUUCAAGGUGGUUUUACCCUCUACAAUGAAGGAAAACAUGAUGAGGAUUCCCACAAGAUUUGUGAGGCUACAUGGAUCUAAACUCUCCGAGGUUGUUACAUUGAAGACACCUGCGGGAUUCAAGCGUUCGAUAAAGCUUAAACGGAUCGGUGAAGAGUUUUGGUUCCAAGAAGGUUGGAGUGAGUUUGCAGAGGCUCAUUCCAUCAGUGAAGGCCAUUUUCUCUGCUUUGAAUACGAAGGAAACUCGAGUUUCCGUGUAAUGAUCUUCGAUGUUUCGGCUUGCGAGAUCCAAUAUCCACUGGAUGAAGUUCAUAUCAGCGACGAUGAGGUCAUCGAUGUUACAGACGAAGGGUUUCUUGGAACUCAAGGUACAAGGGGAAACGAUCAAUCUGUUAAAGGUGGUGACUCAGGGGAUAAACGUAAGAAGAGACCAAGAGACGAUGAGUUUGAGAAGAUUCUAAACGGUAAGAACCAAAAAGAAAGAACAGACUUUGUCCUUAAUAACAACGUUAUGAGUUGA